AUGCAGCGUUCGUCUAUGUUAAGACCUUCCGCUCCUAUGGGAACUCCUCUGCUCUCUGGUCCGGACGGGAACCCAGGCGAUACUGUCCAGGCAUCCAAUGCAAAAGUUCACUUGAGACAUUUUGGAAGUGUUGGCAUCUUGUCCUCAAACAAGAAACAGCUUCUGGACUCAGCAAAGAUACUAUUGUCAAGGUGGAAGAUCCAUCACCGCCAACCACCCCUUGACACUCCUCCACCUUCGGUAUCGAGACAUUGUCUUAACCCUGAUCCGAGAUCCGGACGGUGGACGCCCCCGAUGUUCAUCUUCUUAACACCAAAGUUUUACGAAGACAUUCCUCGGAGACAAGGCACUGUAUAUGUUCUUGAUCAUCGCGGCGCGGCCUGCUUGACUAACAGAAUUGAUGGGAACGUGUUUAAAAUGCCGGAAAUCAUCUUUGAUCCAACCCUGGUGCUCAGCCCGCAUAUCUGCCUGCUGUCUAUGCUCUUUCGUAUUGGAGGUUUCAAGUUGAUUUGGACAACUGGACAGGUGUUGGAUUCCGCAGAAAAUCUCUACAGCGCCAAAGUGCUGGAUGGCAAGGGACAGCAGCAGUUGCUACUAAAGGAUGAAUUACUGGAUAAGUCCCGGAUGCGAGCCGGCGAGAUCACAGGCUUUGAGCAGGUCGGCCCCCCCCCACUCCCCCAAACAAUCUUCGAUAUGCUGGACCUAAGGCUUUCAACAACAGUAGUGAAAGAGGUUACGGACGAUCUCCAGAACAUGUUAACGUUGAUGCGCAUGGCAUUGUCCAGAAAACAGGCUUAUAAACACAAAGAAUCACGGUCCCUCAAAUAUCGCCCAGUUGUCUUUGACGGGCAGGAUACAGUCAAGAAGCGCAAACCUCGUUUGGGUAGCUUGAUCACGAAACACUUACCGAGCCCAACCCUAAGGUGCUGGAGAAACCUGGAACUUUUUCGCCAUCGGACAGCAGAAACAAAGGCAGAGUACAACAGGGCUAUCCGUGAGCUGUGUAACGAGAAACAACGGCAGCGGAACCGACGGAUCAAUGAGAAUUUUGAGCGUUACAAGAACGAGCAGCCUGAGUCAACUUUGAAGCAGAAUACCAGCGGCGUAUCAACACAAUCAACGCGGGAGUUGCAUUCUGUGGUGGAGAAAGGCGACCCUCGUCAUCCAAUCCCGGCCCGGCCCAUCCAGUCCCGCAGCCGGCCAGUGUCUGACGACGGUGACUAUUCCUCCCCCCAGCCAAGCAGGAGCGGCGCUCGGCAGAGGACGACACCGAGAUCCUUUUGCGUCAAGCAACAGAGUCUGUGCGGGUUAAGUCUCCUGACGAAUGACCCCAGGUCUACUUUCUCUGCGUCGGGAAUUCCAAUUGCUCACUGA